AUGGUUGAGAUGCUUCCUCCAACUCCAACCGCGGCUGCCGAAGCGCUCUCCAUCCUCCACGGAGCUGACGCCGCCCGCCUCCUCCCCGCGUCCGGCAUCGCCCCGACCCCCGAGCUGCUCCAGCACCUCCGCCCCGCGCUCCCGACCCUCCCGGACUCCGCGAUCCCGGCACUCGCCCGCUGGGCCGGCGCCGCCACCGCCGUCUCCCUCCUCGCCUCCCGCCGCCUCUUCGCCGCCGCCUGGCGCUUCCUCCUGCUCCCGCCCGCCGCAUCCUCCCCGCCGCCGCCGCUCGCCGCGUUCGCGCCGCUCCUCCGCCGCUACGCCCGCCUCGGCCGCACCAACUCCGCGGCCCGCGCGUUCCGUUUCCUCCAACGCCACCUGACCGCUACGCCGUCGAAAGCGACGACGGCGCGCCGGCUGCCGAGGCGGCGGUAUCCCCGUUGA